GUAAAGUAUUGAUGGAAAGAAGUAAGGAAGAACAAAAGCGAAAGCAAUUUGAAGAAUGGAGACAGAGUAUUUCUUCUAUAACAACAAAUAAAGAAAGUUUAUAUUAUACUGUGAGUCAUUCUACAAUUGAAGAAGUGGAAUCACUUAUGGGUUAUGAAUCUUCUCAAAGUAAAGAUAUAGAUAAUGAGUUUGAUGUAGUUUAUCUUUCUGCAAAGUAUCUUUUAGAUCAUUUAGAACAGAAUACAAUUAAGGAGGUCUGGAAAGUGUCAAGAGUUACGAGUCAUAAGAAAAGACCUUGUUUGUCGUCAUUUUUAUUAUCUAUUGAAUGUUACAGUGAAGAAAUUAGUGAGUAUCAAUUUGUGUGGUUGCAACCAUUUGCUAGUAAUGAAACUGGUGACCCUAUAAAUGAAGAGUUUGUCAAUGAAGUUCUUUUUUAUAGAAAAAUUUGGGGUCUCGCUCGUACUGCUAUUAAUAAGUGUAUGUUGUAUUGUGAUUAUAAAUUUGUUGGCUUAAUUAAAGCCUAUUUAGAAAAGAUUUGUGUUAGAGAAGAUGAAUUGGCCGAGAAACAAGAAGCCACAACAGACCAAGAUUCUAGUAAAAAUGUAGAAGGUAAUAUGAUAUCAAUUGCGAAUCUUUGA